GUCACUGGACAGUGGACUGGAUAGGUACAUAUUAUAAAUUAUAAUUAUUUGUUUACUGGUCAGGGUCUGUGAUUAUAAUAAUUUUUCAUAAAGAUAGUGAGCUUAAAGAUAACAUGUCUUACAACGAAGAGUUAUUUACUACGCGUAUGAGAAAAGCGACUAGGAAAGUUCAUUCAGUGAGCGAUGCCUUAAUAAACGCGAAAUUCGCCUUUUCUCUAAGAGAUGAAACAGUGUGGGGUGGAGGCUUAUUUGUCUUUUACCACAUCUUCGCUUUCCUUGAAGAUGCCAAAAAUAGAUUAAACAUGCCAGCCUUUGAUAAACUCUUUGUUCACAAAAUUUUAUUUAGAAAACAGGCAUUUGAGGAAGACCUUUGCCACUAUCUGGGACCAAAUUGGAAAUCUUUGCCUAAAUCUCUUGCCUUAGAGAACUAUCUUGAACACUUGCAGAACCUUGAGCGAGAAAAUCCACAGCUGCUUAUGGCAUACGUUUAUCAUCUAUACCUUGGGUUGCUAAGUGGAGGUCAAAUUUUAGCUAAAAAAAGAAAUGUGUUUGGUGAAAAUAAUCAUGAUCAAGUGAAGUACAUCGACAAAGUAACUGAUUUUACUGGAGCAGAUAUACCACAGAUGAAAAUUGAUUUCCGACAAGCAAUGAACGAAAUAGCAAGCAGUAUGUCUGAAGAUGAAAAGCAGGCCUUUAUAGAGGAGAGCAAUCAAGUCUUUUUGAUGAACAAUUUGAUAGUUAACUCUGUUGGGGGACAGAAUAAAGUUUUAUACAACAUGUUGUAUAAAACUUCAGCUGUUUUUCUAGUCAUAGCUGGUGUUAUAUUGGCUUAUAGAUACCAUAAGUGAGAAUUUUUUUAGUUGUGAACUCUCACAAUUAAUGUUAAAGAGUAUUUGAGAUUAGUAUUUUUUAAUAAUUUCAAUAUUUGGUAACAGUAAAAAUAGCAAAGAAAAAUAAAUGUAUUUAUAUCCAUUAUGUAGAUGGGUAAUUAAUGUACCCAAGAACAUCGGUAAUGUAGAUAUUUGAUUUAGUUGUGUGUGCUACUAGCAGCACUUUGUUUUCGAUCAUUUGCAGGUUGACAUGGAAAUACUGCACAAUUAGUUAUCUGGUAGUCCACCAGAUUUGACAUAUUUUUUUUUUAUUAUUCCUAUAUUUAUGUAUGGAACACUUAAGUGUAAUAAUUUGAAUAAUAUAGAACAAUAUACAUAUUUUAAAACUUGUUACCAAUAAAAGACAGGCUGAUAAAAAUUUAGUUUUUUUUUUGAAGACCCAAUGUUUUUAUCAGAUUUGGCUUUUAUAAGGUUUUGAAUUUAUGUAAAAUUGCGAACAGGAAGCAAGAUAUAACAUUUUGCUUAAGCAUACCUUCAAAUUUUAAUAGUGCCAAGAGUCAAAUUAGCUUGAAUAACCAAAUACAGAAUAUGCAUUGUUUAACAGGUUGGUAGUUGUUAAAGAUUUUAAACUAAGAUUUUAGUAUUUAACCAAUAUUUCUUAAACAUCCUGUCUGUAUUUCUUUAAAAGUCCCAUUGUGACCACAAUCUGCAUCAUGCAACUGGGACAAAAUAUCAACAAAUCCAAACUGAGUGAGACAUGAGAGAUGAGGGCUCUUCUUAAUCAGCAAACUGAAAGACUAAGGAUCAGUACCAUUAUGUAAUAGUAGUCUCAACACAUCAAAGCUUGUUGCUUGUGUUCCUAGUACACGUGCCAAUUAGUAUGGUCUGUAUAGUUUCUUCCUUCUUCAGCAUUCUGUAUUUUCAACACAACCUACCUACAAAUAAAAAGUGAAUAUUAAUUGUCUAGGUCAAUCUCUUGACUCUUGUCAAAUGUGAUUCAGCCAAGAGCUGUUUAUAAAAUAAUAUUAAUCUCAACCAGUAUCCAUUAGAAAUGAAGCAAGAACACAAGCACCCCAAAUAUCCAUCUGACUAAUAAAGGAGAUGUUAUUUAUUGGCCUGAAACUCCCAGCAAGCACUCCCAUGCAGGUGUAAAAUUGUUUUGUUUCAUAGGUAUGCGUUUUUUAAAUGGGAAUUUAAAAUAAACAAAAUUUUAGACUUACAUAUUUAUUAGAGAUCUGAACAAAAUAAGAAAUUAAAUUAUAUGUACAGUCUAUGUUAAAACUAACUAAAUUAGACGUAAGUUAAUAGGUACACACUUUCUUCAUUGUAUGAUAACGAAACUUAAUCUUACAGAAGGAAUUGUUCUAUGGCAAAAGAUAAUGACAUGCGACAGCUAAUUAGUAUAGAAAAAAAUGCAUUAUUCAGAAUAUUAUGCAAAAUGGUGAAAAGAAAAAAAAAACG